CCCCCACCCUUCUUCUCCUUCUCUUUCUCCUUCCUCUGAAUUCCCUUCCCUGUUGCGUGCAAGCAUCUCUCCUCGUCUUCCUCCUCCGGUUGCUUGUGUCGGCUCCUGCAUGCUCGCUCACAUUCACCACGCUGUUUCUGCUGCCGCCUCGCUGCUCCGUUUGUUUGCUACCCUAGCUUGCUCUCCCUUGUCUGAUGUGUGUGUGAGAGAGAGGAGAGGAGAGGAUCAGUGUGAGAGUGUGUGUGUGUGUGUGAGAUUGAGCAGAUGGGUAGCUUGUGACGCGAAAGUUGGCAUCUUUUCUUGGCUUGGCUCACAGCUUGGGGGCUGGGAGCCCACUGUUUCUUCUCCGCCUCGCCUUGGCCGCAUUCCUUCCUUGCCUCCCCUCCUCCUUGCUCCGUUCCAUCCAUCCAUGCCAUCGGUGUGAGGAGGCCCAGCCGUUGGUUGGUUGCGAGAACGCCGCCUGCGUUGCCUCCUCUUCGCUCGCUACAAGAAAGCGUCGUCCAGCGCUCUGCUCUGAUUCCUCUCUGCAUUGCUGCGGACGACGGCGGCGACGACGGCUGAGCACAUGUUGGGAGGAGGCGGCGCGGCGGCGGCGGUGGCGGAGAUGAGGUUCACGACGGGGGGCUCGUCGACGCGGUCGUGGGAGCCGACGGUGACAGCGGACACGUCGGACCUGCACUACUGGAUGCAGUGGCGGGUGGCGGUGUGCGCGGCGUCCGUGCUGGCGUGCAUGGCCGUCGCGGCGUACCUGGUAUGGCGGCACGAGGGCGCCGGCGCCGACCGCCGCCCAGGCGGCGCCGGCGGCGCCGCCGCCGGGAACAAGGAGAGGCGGCUCCCCGGCGUGCUCUACGACGACGAGGCGUGGCGGCCGUGCCUCCGGGACAUCCACCCGGCAUGGCUGCUCGGCUACAGACUCAUCUCCUUCUUCGUCCUGCUCAGCCUCCUCAUCGUCAUUGUCAUCUCCGACGGCAGCACCAUCUUCUACUACUACACUCAGUGGACCUUUAUUCUGGUGACGAUUUACUUCGGGCUUGGCACGGCGCUGUCAAUAUAUGGGUGCAGCAAAUUUGCUGAUGAGGAUGACACUGCAAGAACAGACAUGGAGCUCGGCUCUUACGCUGUCCAUGGAGCCGGUGCUAAACCCAAUUUGGGUCAGGAAGAUGGCACAGGAGAGAUUGCUGGAUUCUGGGGGUACCUACUCCAGAUCAUCUACCAGACAAAUGCAGGCGCGGUGAUGCUUACGGAUUGUGUGUUUUGGUUCAUCAUCUUCCCAUUCCUUACAGUUAAAGAUUACAAUCUAAAUUUUUUGUUGAUAGGAAUGCAUUCAGUUAACGCCGUUUUCCUGCUAGGUGAAGCUGCCCUAAACAGCUUGAGCUUCCCUUGGUUCCGAAUCGCCUAUUUCUUCCUGUGGACCGCUCUUUACGUCAUUUUUCAAUGGAUUCUCCAUGCUUCAACUCCACUUUGGUGGCCAUACCCAUUUCUCGACGUUUCAGCUAAUUUAGCUCCUUUGUGGUACUUCGCCGUCGCGAUCAUGCAGUUACCAUGCUACGCAGUCUUCAGACUGGUGAUCAAACUGAAACACCACCUGCUCACAAAGUGGUUUCCAGGCUCGGUUGUGAGAGGUUCAUCGACACCAUAAGCCAGGCCGUCAUCCUCCUCCUCCUCCUCCAUUGCGUAAACAGUUUAUACAGAAAAGGCAAUGGUGAACAGCACAAGAAAGAAUAAUGGCAGCCUGUGGUGGCAUCGGCAUCGAUCGAUCACCGACUCCCCCCUCUUUGCGAGAUUCUUAUUGCAGCAGGUGUCCUCUCCGAGCAAAAAAGAAACAGGAGGGGGCACAUGAUGCGUUUUACUUACACCACCGUAUAGUAGUAGUCUGAUAGAUGUAAAUUGAAGCUUACAGGUUCAGAGAUUCAGAGAGUUCUUCUUUUUUUGCUGUAAUGGAAACAAAGAAAAGAGAGAGUGAGAGUGAGAUGGGGUUAUGUAUAGCUUGACUCAUUGACUGAUUUGGUCAAAUGGAGGUGAUAUUUGUUAGUAACAUUUUUUCUUUUUGUAGAGUUGAUUAAUUAAUGGUCAUUGUAUAUGUGAUUAAUGCUGA